CCUGCUCUCCUUUCAGCGGAAGCACAUGCUUAAAGUCAGUCAUGACGCUUUUGCUCUUUUAUCGCACUUUUUGCGUCUUUCUCCUACAUUUGCGCGACAAUGCCUCCUAAAAGAGCAGCCGCGCGUUCUGCUCCUCCUCCUCCACCACCGUCAUCAAGCAGUGCUCGUGUGGAAGUUGGGGAGAAGAAAUCUGACGCUGCGACGCUGCGCAAACUGACCUCUCAUCCGCCCACCAUCGUCAUGGUGCGCGAGGCGCUUAAAGUUCUGGACUCGCGCAAAGGGGCUUCAUCCCAAGCCAUCCAGAAGUACAUCAAGGUGAAGUACCCCUCAGCAGAUGGCGUCAGGCUGAAGCACUUUGUCCGCAGAGCUCUGAUAAAGGGGAUUGAGAGCGGGGCUCUGGUGAGGCCCCCCAACUCCACCAUCACUUCAGGUGCACUGGGACGAUUCCGGCUUCCACCAAAAAUGGUCUCAAAGCCUAAAAGUGAGAACACUGAUCCAAAUGUGCCAAAAGCUCCAAAGGCAGCUAAAGAUGAGGUUAAACGGCCACAAAAAGCAGGUGGUGCUAAGAAGAACAGCACUGCAAGUGGAGAGGUGAAGCCUGCAGAGGACCCGAUGCCUCCCAGGAAGGCCAAGAAGGACGAAAAGCCUGCUCCUGUAAAGAAACCAAAGGCUAAAAAAGCUGAGGCAAACGGAAGUGAGGGGAGCUCUGACUCAACCAAAGCUAAAGCGACCGACUCUACUAAAGCAACAAAGACUACAAGGCCCAAAACUGCUAAAGCUUCUCAGGGUAAAGCUGUGAAGGCAGAUGGUGAUGCUCCUGUCGCUAAAUCAGCAAAACAAAAGACAAAGUAA